AUGGCUCUGACACUUUCAAUAUUCUUACUUGUUCUACAAUGCGCUUUUUGUGCCCGAUACGACCCAAAUUGGGCUUCACUUGAUUCUCGACCACUUCCUGCCUGGUACGAUGAGGGAAAAGUUGGAAUUUUUCUUCACUGGGGAGUUUUCUCUGUGCCUGCAUUUGGCAGUGAAUGGUUCUGGUGGUACUGGCAAGGAGAGAAACAAUCUGCUGUUACACAAUAUAUGCAAGCAAACUACAGACCAGACUUUACAUAUGCAGAUUUUGCUCCCUUGUUUCAUGCUGAGUUUUACAAUCCUGCUCAGUGGGCAGACAUUUUCAAUGCUUCAGGAGCUAACUACCUUGUGCUGGUAUCUAAGCAUCACGAAGGUUUCACCAACUGGCCCUCUACCUACUCUUGGAACUGGAAUGCUGGAGAUGUGGGACCAAAAAGAGAUUUAGUGGGGGAGCUGGCAGACGCAGUCCGUCAGAGAACCAACAUCAAGUUUGGUGUGUAUCAUUCCAUGUUUGAAUGGUUCAACCCACUUUUUCUGCAAGAUCAAGCCAAUGGUUUCACAACACAGAAUUAUGUUAGGGCCAAAACCAUGCCAGAACUGUAUGAGCUUGUAAACAAGUAUAAGCCAGAGAUUGUCUGGUCUGAUGGAGAAUGGAUGGCUGCAGAUACCUACUGGAACUCCACUGAGUUUAUUGCCUGGCUUUAUAAUGAAAGCCCGGUGAAAGACACUGUGGUUGUGAAUGACAGAUGGGGAAACAACACACGCUGUGCCCAUGGAGGAUUCUGGGAUUGCAGUGAUCAUUAUACUCCAGGUACACUUGUUCCACACAAAUGGGAGAACUGUAUGACUAUUGACAAAUAUUCAUGGGGAUACAGAGCCAAUGCCCAAUUGUCAGAUAUUCACACAAUUGAAGAGUUAAUCACCCAGUUGGUAACUACAGUUAGUUUUGGUGGAAACAUGCUAUUCAAUGUUGGCCCUACUGCCUAUGGUGAAAUUGCUCCAGUUUAUGAGGAAAGACUGCGCCAGAUUGGAUCCUGGUUGAAUGUUAAUGGAGAGGCCAUAUACAAAACACAUGUAUGGACAUAUCAGAAUGAUUCUGUAGCUGACAAUGUUUGGUACACAGCACGAACCAACGGCUCCACAACAGUUUAUGCAAUUCUACUGUCUUGGCCUGAGGUUGGAAACCUGACACUUGGGCAUCCUGUAGCCUCACGAUCAACAGUCGUCUCUCUGGUUGGAUACCCUGGACAGUUUAAGUUCUUCUCGCCAAGUUCAGGUGGAAUCACAAUCAACAUUCCACCAAUCCCAGCUGGGCAGAUCCCAUGUGACUGGGCUUGGGUUUUCCGACUGGAAGGUCUUCAGAAUCAGAAUACCAAGUUAGAUAGCUUUGCAUUUUCCAAGAAAUUGAAAGCUUUGCAAAUGAGAAAAGAAUUUCCUAAGUUUCAAUAA